AUGUCACGGCGCCACUGGAUGCGGGUCAAACCGAUGCGCGGCGGCGGCUACCGAAGCGGGCCGCGUGGUCGUGGUAAUUUCGUGAGUGGUCCCACAUUUCCGAUGCGACCACCGCCUUUUGACGUUCACCUCGCAAAUGAUGUAUUUGUACGAAUUAACGAGAACAACGACACACAACUUACGCAGGAUGUUGUCGCACGUGCUACUGCUCUCACUCCAACUGAUACUGAACGCGCCACUGUAGCAGCGCUGGUUCUCAAAGUGAAGACAGCAAUCGACAAAGUGAUAGCCACACCGGACUGCGUACCUGGGGUGAAAUUUGAAGAAUACCGUGAAGUUGGCUCAUUCAAAAAGGACACUGCAUUGACUGGUCACACUGUUGCGGACAUUGUCAUUAUCAUGCAAACACUUCCUACAUUUGAAGCGGUUGCGGCUUUAGGAAAUAAACUUGCCGAAGAGGUGAGGGCGCAAAAAGAAGUAAUAUCUUGCGUAUCUCGUGACUAUGGCUGUUUAUUGGCAGCGGCAAGUGCACAGGUCCGCAUUCUCAUCACAACUCUUCCGAGCAAUGCUCCAAAUUUGGAACAGGAUCUUCAUUUGCCUGAACGUGUCAUGAUGAUCAACCAUCAUGCUCUUCGUCAUGUGAUAUGGUUUGAAGAAGCAACAUUGCAAUCCCCAUUCAAAAUGCUUGUUCGUGUACUUAAGGACGUUCGGCGACGGUACACUGGUCUUCAGCCACUUUCUGUUUGGGUCAUUGAGUACCUGGCUCAUUUCGCAGUCAUGAACACUUCUAACCGACAGCCACUGCCUCUUGGACCAGCUUUCCGAAGAGUGUUUGAAGCACUGUCAACCGGGAUUUUCUUGCCUGGAAGUCCCACUCUAUUUGAUCCAACUGAACCAGGAAUGCGUAUAGCGUAUGAUCUCUCAUUUGAAGACAUGGAUCUUGUGUGUAGCACUGCUCAAACGUUACUUCGAGUAAUCUGUAAUGGUGGACACGCUGCAGUACUUGGAACAGAUCCAAGCAAGCUAGGAAUUGAUCUCAGCAAGGAAGUCUCAGUUUGGAAUGGGGUGGCGGUUUCACCAUUAGAAGUUGCUUACACGGAAGACUGUAUGAAGCCCAAAUUCUGUGAAGCAGAUGAAGCCUUGGAACAUGAAAUCGUCAAGGCUUAA